GUAAGAACACCACGGGUCGUUCUGCUAACUACAAAUUUCGCGAGGGGAAUUUCUUACUGAAAGAGCAGUGUCAGCACUAAAGCAAUAACUCAUCAACAGGGUCCAUUUUUUAUACCCCGAUUACUGCACUUGAUAAGUUGAUAUGUGUAUACCACUUAAGCUGGACGGAAAACCACGCAGCAUUACUGUUUAAACUGAAGCUAAUCUCCUCACUGUUAAUUUUUGAAAUCUAAUGUUGUAUUUCUGAGCAUGAUAAGUUGAUCUUUUUGUACUGUAGGACUGAGAUAUGGAAAUCUUGAAUGUUGCCCCCACAAGCACUAGUGGCUCUAUAUCUAAACAAAUCCUAUUUGGUUUCUUGUACAUGCCCCAAUUUGGUUCACAAAUACCCAAAUGGUGACCACUUUGCAACCCCUGAAUCUGCACACACCAAACCUCAAUAUCCACUGCUCCUCUAACAGCAAGAGAAGCAAGAGAACUAGGCAGCUUCAUCAAAAGCAAAGCACCAAGCUCCUAUCUUUCUCAAACUCAUCCCCAACCCCUCUCAUUGUCUACCAUAAACCCCAAACCCAGACCAAGCUCCAAGCCCUCGAAGCCAUCAUUAGAGACCUCGAAGCCUCCAGCGAAAAGGGCAUAGACGUCGACACUGAAACCUUUGCUUCCCUUUUAGAAACAUGUUACAAACUGGACGCCAUGGACUACUGUCUCCGAGUCCACAGACUCAUACCCAGAAAACUUUUACGUAAAAAUGUAGGGCUCUCAUCUAAGCUUCUUUGCCUCUACGCGUCAUGUGGGCUCAUUGAGGAAGCACAUCAGGUGUUCGACCAAAUGCCCAAGAGAGACUUGUCGGCUUUUGCUUGGAAUUCACUUAUUUCCGGGUAUGCUGAGCUGGGUUUGUAUGAAGAUGCAAUGGCAUUGUAUUUUCAAAUGGAGGAGGAGGGUGUUGAACCGGACCGGUUUACAUUCCCUCGAGUUUUGAAAGCUUGUGGGGGAAUCGGGUUUGUUCAGAUUGGUGAGGCUGUGCAUAGGCAUGUGGUGCGUUUGGGUUUUUCUGGUGAUAGGUUUGUGCUUAAUGCAUUGGUGGACAUGUACGCUAAAUGUGGUGAUAUUGUGAAGGCUAGGAAGGUUUUCGAUAAGAUUGGUAGCCGGGACAAGGUUUCUUGGAACACAAUGCUCACUGCUUAUAUUCGCCAUGGCCUUUUGUUGCAGGCAUUUGACAUUUUUCAGCAGAUGGUUAGAGAAGGGUACCAGCCGGACUCGGUUUCUGUUUCCACAAUUCUCACCACGGUGCCAUCACUGGAGCUUGUUGUUCAAAUUCAUGGGUGGACGAUUCACCAAGGAGUUGAGUGGAACCUAUCCACUGCCAACUCCUUGAUUGCUUCAUAUUCCAAUCUCGGAAAGUUGAAGCGAGCACGUUGGCUGUUUCAAAUGCCUGAGAGGGAUGUGGUGACCUGGAACACUAUCAUUUCAGCUCAUGCUAAAAGCCGAGAAGCUUUGCUGUACUUUAAGCAGAUGGAGAAUGGUGGUGCCUUUCCAGACGCUAUCACAUUCGUGUCGGUGCUCUCUGCUUGUGCACAUUUGGGUUUGGUGAAAGAUGGGGAGAGAUUGUUUUCUACCAUGAAAAACAGAUAUAGAAUUGACCCGAUUAUGGAACAUUACCAUUAUGCUUGUAUUUUAAAUCUUUAUGGAAGGGCAGGUCUAAUUGACAAAGCUUAUGCUAUCAUAGUGGAGGGGAUGGAGUUUGAGGCUGGUCCAACUGUGUGGGGUGCAUUGCUAUGUGCUUGCUACCUUUGGAAUGCAGAGAUUGGAGAGGCUGCAGCUGAAAGUCUCUUCGACUUGGAGCAUAAUUUUGAGCUUCUGAUAAAGAUUUUCAGAAAUGGGGGUAGACCGGACGACGAGAGAGUAAGGAUGAUGAUGGUGGAUAGAGGAUUGGACUCGUAGAAUUCUUCUGCCAUUGCUGGUCUACAUUAGUAGGUAAAGAAAAGGUUUUACUUGUACAUGUUCGACAUAAGUUAGAAAAUCAAAGUAUUGACCUACCGCGUGUUAAUUUAAAAUAUAUGAACUUGAUUAGAUUAAAACUUAGCAGAUUCUACACAUUAAAACAUGAGUAUCUGAGGUUCUGGUGGCAUAUAUAGAAGAGAUAAAAUAUCAUGCAGAUAAAAAUUAAAGAUACAGAUGA